AUGGUCGGAAUAAAAGACGAACGCCUGCUCUCAGCCAACGCCGCCGCCUCACGUUCGCUUCGGGCUUCUCUCUUUCAGGUCCUGAGCAACGCUCGCCUUUUUCUGGAAAAUGUGCUCAAGUAUGGCAUCCUGGUGGACCCCAUACAGGUGAUCUCCCUGUUCCUGAAGGACCCCUAUAGCUGGCCAGCCCCCUGCCUUGUCAUAGUCUCGAAUGUGCCCAUAAUGGUCGCCUUCUUCACUGAGAGACGGCUCGCAGUGGGGAGGCUGAGUGAGAAAGCCGGAACGCUGGUUCACACUGCGAACCUGGUCGCCGUCCUCUUUUUCCCCAUGGUCACAGUGCUGAUUCUGAGCUCCAUAACCCCAGUCGGUGGAGUCGUCACUCUGGCAGUGUACUCCAUCCUCUUCCUGAAGCUCUACUCCUACAAGGACGUGAACAAGUGGUCCAGGGAGACGAGGGCUGCCAAAGCACGCUCACUGUCCAGGUCCAUUUCCUGCCCGUUGGUUCAGAACUCAAACGGAGCAGCGGUACAUUCCCGGGUGUUCUACCCUGGGAACCUGACUUACAGAGACAUGUACUACUUCAUCUUCGCCCCGACACUCUGCUACGAGCUGAACUUCCCACGGUCGCCGCGGAUACGCAUUCGGUUCCUUCUCAGGCGGCUGUUUGAGAUGCUGUUCCUCAUGCAACUAUUGGUCGGAUUAAUACAGCAGUGGAUGGUGCCGUCCAUCCAGAACUCCAUGAAGCCCUUCCAGAAUAUGGAUUUCUCCAGAAUGGUUGAGCGCCUCCUCAAACUCGCUGUGCCCAAUCACUUCAUCUGGUUGGUCUUCUUCUAUUGGUUCUUUCACUCCUCGCUGAACUUCAUUGCCGAGCUCAUGCGGUUCGGAGACCGGGAAUUCUACAGGGACUGGUGGAACUCGGAGACGGUCUCGUACUUCUGGCAGAACUGGAACAUCCCUGUUCAUAAGUGGUGCUUGCGCCACUUCUACAAACCCAUGCUGAAGAAAGGUGUGAGUAAAUGGAUGGCACAGACAGCCAUCUUCUUGGUAUCAGCCUUCUUCCAUGAGUACCUGGUUAGUGUUCCACUGAAGAUGUUCAGAUUGUGGGCAUUCAUGGGCAUGAUGGCUCAGCUUCCUCUGGCCUGGACCGUGAGCUGCGUUUUCAGAGGUAACUAUGGCAACGCAGCUGUGUGGAUCUCGCUCAUCAUCGGCCAGCCCGUCGCCGUCCUCAUGUACGUCCAUGACUACUACGUCCUCCACUACAGCAAAGACUAAUGGAAAGGUCCGGAACACGGAUACGGACGAAGCAUGACUCGCUCAUUACAGGAGUAACGUAUUGGGAGGAACGAUGUGGUGCUAGAGGGGGGAGAUUAUUUGUGUGAUUAUGUAGUGAAGCAUAAAUGCAAUAAUAAUAAUGAAAUACUGUGCAAAGAGUUUUUGCUGCAGAAAUCAAGGACUCAGGGCUUGGUAGCGGAACUUGUUAAUGGCGCUUGUUAGCUUUGCCAUCUCUCCGCUGAGGUUUUGCGCCCUCUAGCUGUAACGGCGGGGCUCCGCGUUCAUACUUCUCCUUCUAACUGAAACUGUUCAAUCAAAUGCCCCCCAACUCCCCAGAGUUUACUGAACUGCCAUCUGCCGCGUAGCUGCCGUCGGCUGGUUCUUCCGGAAGAUCCUUAGCUUGCUUUUCCUCUUCUAAGGUUGGAAAGCUUGUUGUAAUGAGCAUUAUAACACAUUCAGAUGCGCAAAGACCUUUCAGCUAAAAAUCCUAAUAGUCUUUCAUUUUUUUUUUCUCCCUCCAAAGCACUUUGAAAAGGAUCAUAUAUACAAAAAACAGCUAUUUUAUUCAGUCUGUGUGAACAGAAUCCUGAAUAAUAAUUAUGAAUUUACUCCCUACUGGUGUCAUUUGUAGAACUGUUUAGCACUAUUAAGGAGUACGGGGGGGGGGUUAACCCACAGCAGGCAGGGUUACUUUUCAGAGUAAGUCAAUGUUGCAACAAAUGGGUGGCAAGUUAAAUCAGGUGUUGGUUGAAGUCAUCAAAUUCAGCCGUUCAUUGCUGCGUAUGACUGUUUAAUCAUUAAAUUACAACAGGUGCUCAUGUUUUAUACUUGAUGGGUGUGUCAAACUGCAGGUCUCUAGUCUUUCACACGGACAUUCAUACAUAGUUACAAAUAGUUACAAUUUGUGUUGGUAAAUGACUUACAUUUUUGGUGUCUGAAUUGUCUGUUAGGCUACUAAAGCCGUUAACCUUUUAUUUUUAAUACCGUCGCUUUAUUUUAAAUGUCCGUAUUGUGUUACAGAGCUGUGUUCUGUGUCAACAGGGGUGCUCCUCUGCAUAACUUCAGGAUUUGUUCCACAAAACUGGAGAGAUUUUGUAGUAAUGUUAUAUCAAAAUAUUCUUUCUGUACUUUUAUAGUGCUGUUGAUUUAUUUACACUUGGUGUACUUUGGACUUCAUUUCAGAGUAUUCAGAUUAAAGCAUACUGAAAGACAGGACAAA